AUGUCGGACCCGUUAGCACUCGUCUCCGUCCUCGCGGGUGUAAUAUCGCUUUCCGGAACAGUAAUCUCCUCGUCGCUCACGCUGCGGGACACCGUAGACCUGCUGCGCGCGAGAUGGGUCGCCAAAAUCAAGCGACUCGAGCCCUACGCCCUCCCCACAGUACUCUAUCCGCUGCUUUCACCACUAACUGACACUCUCGGAAUAAUGACGCAUAAUGUUCUCCUCGCCUCGGACACCACAACGCUCGACUACCGUGCGCGCCGCAUGGCUUCCUGCAGCAUGACGGGCGUCGCGGCCGCCCUUGUCGCACAAGUCACGAACACAUCUAUGCAGCAGGAGUUCACGCCUGCACUGCACUGGAGCGUGUCGGCGCUGUGGACAUGCGGGCUUGUGCUCUCGCUUCUGAGCGUGUACUACUCGUUUUUGCUGCACCACUGGCUGGCGGGAUUUGCGAGCGCGGACGAGGUUCGGAGAGCGUUUACCCACAGGGGACUGGUGACUAGUAGUCGCAGGGUCGAGGGGGUGCCGAGCCUGACAGUUGCUGCAAGGUUAUGGGUACCAGCAUGGUUAUUGAGUGCCUCGAUUGGAUGCUAUGUGCUGACGCUGGGGUUAUACUGGGCCCUGGCAUGGAAGGGAUGGUGGGGAGUGGGGGCAGAGGCGGGGAGGGGAAUAGGGAAUCGGAAUGUGUUUAUUUGUUAUAUCCUCACGGUGUUGGGGGCGGUGGCUGUAUUUACAGUUCCGAGCGCGGUGGGCAAGAUACUAGAGGAUGUGGAUAACCUGCAUUUAUACAGGGAGGAACUGAAGCAUGUUUGCCGGUCUGGACCUGAUGUGCCAGAUCCGGGGGUUUCAGCUGCUAAGUCUGUUGUAGGCAGAAACGAACAGAUCGGCGCGGCAGCCGUGGCUCUGUUAACUGCUGCAGAGGCGCAUAGAAGCGCUGGAACUGCGAGUAAGGGCUUGGCAGAUGAGCUGGACAGGUUGGUUGACGAGUUAGCUAGAGGAAAGAAGAAAGACGUGAGCAAGGUGAGAACGGAUGUUUAG